AUGUCACGCGCGAUUCUCAUCACUGGCGCCACAGGCAAACAAGGCGGUGCCGUUAUCAGUGCUCUUCUAGCCAGACAGCCAUCGGACUUUCUGCUUCUUGCAGUAACGAGAAAUGCGCAGUCGACAUCUGCCAAACGACUUGCAGCAAAGUCCUCGAACAUCAAACUCGUUGAGGGAGACCUUGAUGCAACCCCUGCGUUAUUUGCUUCCGCAAAGGCCGUUGCCGGAACCGUUCCUCUAUGGGGCGUGUAUUCUGUUCAGGCAAUGGGCGACCAGAAGUCAGACAGCGAGACAAGGCAAGGCAAGGCAUUGGUGGAUGAAUCCAUUAAGGCAGGGGUGCGGCACUUUGUCUACAGCAGCGUCGAGCGAGGCGGUGACGAACGGUCUUGGAGCAACCCUACGCCAGUACCACAUUUCAUCACGAAGCAUCAAAUCGAACACCACCUCCGCGACAGCGCCGCCAAUAGCAAAACCGACAUGGGCUGGACGAUCCUGCGUCCCGUCAUCUUCAUGGACAACCUCAUGCCAGGCUUCUUCGGCAAGUGGAUCGCGACCAAGGACAUUGGCUUCUUCGCGGCUGAGGCAUUUCAUGACCCGGCUACCUGGAACAAGAAGUCGGUCGGUUUGGCUGGCGAUGAGCUUACCUUCUCGCAAAUGAACCAGACUUUCGAGAAGGCGACUGGCGCACCCGUAGGGACUACAUUUGGAUUGCUCGGCAAAGCUUUGAAGCAUGGGAUCUCUGAGAUUGGUAUCAUGGUCAACUGGUUCAAGGAUGAAGGCUACAAGGCGAAUUUGUCACAGGUCAAGAAAGUCCAUCCAGACAUUCUGACUAUGGGAGUUUGGUUGAAGGAGAGUGCAUUUGUGAAGAAGUGA